AUUCGGAUUUUCCUGCACAGCCCUAGAACUCAUCAGCCACACUUGCUCGGUUCUCAUUCUAGCGAUUCCCGUCAACAAUGUCGGAAGUGAUUAUUGUUUUGAUGCUAGGGUUUUGAUCGUUCUUCCACGUUGUUUAGUUUCAUUCAGAUGGCUUGCCGAUUGAUGUUAAAAAGACAGGGCACUCUCUUGCGGAGAUGGUACCACCCGUCAUUGAGCCACAUUGUUCAUCGCGAUCAUGAAAGUGAUGAGAAUUUUCAAUCGCCGUGUCCAAGUCAACCUGGAUAUGGAAUUAGCGAUAUUGUUAUGUCACAGAAUCAUACUAGAAAUAACAUAGGUGGUAAUGGGGGUUUCGGAUCACUUUGUGGGCAGAAGAAAUGUUUGCCUGCUUUUCUUUUCCCAGCAGCAGCUGGGAUUGGACCGUCAUUGCCUAGAUACAUGUCAAGUGCAACUACAGAAGGCUCUGACAAAGUUGACAAUCUUGGUGACAUUGCCCAUGUUUUUACUGAUGAAACUGUGGAAGCAGUUUCUUCAGUAGCUCCUGCCGUUAAUGAGGUGGCUGUUGCAGCUGCUGAUUCCUCCUUCCCAGUUGCUGCACUGCAACACUUGAUUGAUGCUGUUCAUUCAUUUACUGGAUUGAAUUGGUGGGCAGCUAUUGCUGUAACAACUAUUUUAAUUCGAGGAGCAACAUUGCCUUUACUCAUCAGUCAACUUGAGGCCUCACCAUAUUAUCGAAUUCGCUGUAUUUUAGUCCGAUUUUGUCCUGGAUUUCAUAUUUUAGCUCUCUUUAUCUUCCAGGUGGGCAGCUAUUGCUGUAACAACUAUUUUAAUUCGAGGAGCAACAUUGCCUUUACUCAUCAGUCAACUCAAAGCUACUUAUAA